GCGUUGGAUCCUCCAAAAAUGCACUAUUUUUGAAGGAUCUAACACACACCUGACGACAUUUUUGAAGAGUCCGAGCAACAUAACUUUAAAGUCCUAUGCAGGUCACCUUCUAGCUUUAAAAUCCUUAUUCCUGACUUUUGUUUGUGGAAUAUAUUAUUUUCAGUUAUUUAAUUCCUUUUCAAUCCUUAAGGAGUUUGACAAACAUUAUUGACUUGUUCAGCAAUGAUCCUGCAGGGGUGGAUGUGAAGGCUCCUAAAUUUUGGCAGUUGGUUUCGAAGGUCAUGCAACUGAAGGAAUACCAAGAAACUGAAUUAUCAUGCAACCAGAAUACCAAACCAGUAGUCGAAGGCAAGAUGUUGAAAGCAUCGGACAUAGUGGAACCACUCUACUGGAGAAAGAGCACUCUCCCAUUGAUGCCUCAAGCCUCUCUAUGUCACCUAUAUGUCCAGCACCUCUUUGCCGCCAGUUUUGGAAAGCUGGAAACUAUGAUUCCGGACUUAUUUACAAGUCGUCCUCUAAAAAUGGGACUAGUUUCCUGCGUGUUCACCCAAAGUUCCUUCACUCAAAUGCCACUUCCCAUAAAUGGGCAUUUGGGGCCAUAGCUGAACUGCUUGACAAUGCUGUUGAUGAGAUACAAAAUGGGGCCACCUAUGCCAUUAUAGAUAAAAUGUUAAAUCCGAAGGAUGGAACUUCAGCUUUGUUAAUUCAAGAUGAUGGUGGUGGAAUGGACCAAGAAGCCAUGCGAUGCUGUCUGAGUUUUGGAUUUUCAGAUAAGAAGUCCAAAACAGCCAUUGGACAGUAUGGAAACGGUUUUAAGACAAGUUCGAUGAGACUUGGGGCUGACGUUGUUGUCUUCAGCCGCUGUAUGAAGAACAGGAAAUUGACACAAAGUGUCGGUCUUCUCUCUUUUACAUUUUUGACACGAGCAGGCCUUGACAGAAUAGUGGUACCUAUGAUUGAAUAUGAGUUCAUGUCAGCAACUAGCAAAUGGACUUCAAUCUGCAGUGAACAGCAUUUUGUGAACAAUCUCUCAUUGUUGUUGCAGUGGUCUCCAUUUUCAACUGAGGAAGAGCUUCUUAAGCAAUUUGAUAGCAUUGGUGAUCAUGGCUCGAAGAUCAUAAUCUACAAUUUGUGGCUAAAUGAUGAUGGAAAAAUGGAGCUCGACUUCUACUCAGACCCUGAGGAUAUUCGUAUCUCUUGUGAUGCAGAAAGUGGUAAAAGUUACUCCCGCAUGUCAGUAAGUGACCUGCAUCUUGCCAACACUCUUCGAUAUUCACUCCGAGCAUAUUUAUCUAUCUUGUACUUGCGAAUCCCAGAAAACUUUUGCAUAUGGCUGUGCGGGCAGAUUGUAGAGUAUCAUAACAUUGCCAAUGAUCUCAAGUAUCGAGAAUUUAUCUUGUACAAACCUCAGAAUGGUGGAUGUGAAGAGGGUUCUGUCAUUACUUCCAUUGGUUUCCUAAAGGAAGCUCCACUGGUGAAUAUUCAUGGUUUCAAUGUCUACCACAAGAAUCGUUUGAUACUGCCAUUUUGGCACGUGGUAGUAGGCAUUUCUGUCAAUAGAAGCAGAGGGGUUGUAGGUGUUCUAGAAGCAAAUUUUAUUAAGCCAACUCAUAAUAAACAGGACUUUGAGAAAACUCCCCUCUUUCACAAGCUUGAGCACCGAUUAAAGGAGAUGACAUGGGAGUACUGGGACCAUCACUGUGGAUUAAUUGGUUAUCAUGCAACUAAACAGCUUCGUGCACCUUCUCAGGAUUCACCGCAAUCUAGAAAGAAACAUGCAACCGCAAAAAGGAAAAACUGUGAUCAUCAAAUAGAACCUGAAAUUUUGAAACAGAAGGCGGGGUUAAGUGUAAAUCUACCUGAUCCUGAGUCUAUUCAAAAUCCGCCUGCAACCACUAUCACAAGUCCCUUGGAAGAUCAAGAGAUGGUCCUCCUCCUUAAAGAGAAUAAAAGGCUCCAUGCAAGAUGCUUGGAAAUUGAGAAGAAGGAAGAGGAAUUUAAUGCCAAGGUAACUUUGCUAAGGAAGGAACUAAAAGAAGAACAACGUAAAUAUGCCCGCUUGCUAGUUCAAUCAGCAGUGCUGGAGAACUCCAAGAGGGAGCAUACUGUUAUAAUUGUAUAGAUGAGCUUGCUAUAUUGCUUCUAAUAUUGUUUUUGUAAAUUUAUAUUUCUGGUUUACGAAAAAAUUCCAUGA